GAGAUGCCGGAGGGAGGGAAGGGGGUCAGUGAAAGAGCGCGCGAUCAUCGACGUUCAACCGUGUUGUCGAUGUAACCGUCCCCUGCGCCCUGCUUCUCUCACUCUCUCUCUCUCUCUCUCUCUCGCACUCUCUUGCUCGCCUCUUCAAGGAUCUUUCAUGUGUGAUUGUGUGUGUGUGUGUGCGUUUGGGGGGGGGGAGGUGAUUGUGUGUCGGAGUAAGCGUGCGUGGCUUCAAUUGCGCCAGUGUGGUGGACAGUGAGCAGGCGACGACAGGCGGUGGAACCAACUAGAACUAGAGACCAGACUCCCCAAAGAGUUUGGUCACUUUCCUUCAUCCAUUUUCCACUGCUGGCUACUGGUUCUCUGUUGCUCUGCUCUGUUCUGGCGCUGGGCUCGUGCUUUGAUCUUGCUCUAGUUACUCACGUUUCUCUCCUCCACCCUUUAUUGUCUAGCUCCUCUAGACACGAAGAGCCGAGUUCGAGCCACAGCCGAAUAAAGGCAAAUAGCACGAUCCUCCAGGUCCCCUGGUGACAUCCGUUCCGGGAACGCCAGUUGGUUCGCGACGCUGCUUGGAGACGCUUAGUGGUUCGGCGAUGGAGCACCGGUUAAAGCUGCUGGUGCGCUGGCUCCUGGUGCCAGGCCAGCAGGACGGAAACGAAGCGAGCAACAACACUUCGGCUACAUGGCUGUUCGAUAGUGGGCUACCGGUUCUGGGACUACCGGGUAUCACUUUGUCCUGGACCGGCGUCACUAGCGCGCUCCUGUUGCUCGUCCUCGGUUACGCCUUCUACCGGCUCUAUUAUCAAGCGUUUGUCUGGAAGCGCGAUCUGACGGACAUCGGGUACAACCACGUGUUGGAUGCGGCCGGCAACGGACGAAACGAUCGGCGGCGGGUGGACUGCGUAAAUCGGGCCCGUCGACUCCGCAAAAUCGGUGACCGCAUGCCGCCCCCCUAUCCAAACGGUUGGUUCGCGGUGCUCGAAUCGGAGGAGCUCCGACCGGGUACGACCCGGGCCGUCGACUGUCUCGGUCAGAACCUGGCCGUCUUCCGGACGUACACCGGUACCGUCCACGUGCUCGACGCUUACUGUCCGCAUCUAGGGGCUAACCUCGGCAUCGGUGGUGUCGUCCGGGGCGAUUGCAUCGAGUGUCCGUUCCACCACUGGACGUUCAGCGGGCAGGACGGGCAGUGCACCAACAUUCCGUACAGCAGGACCGGCACCAUACCGAAGGUGGCCCGGCUCCGCAAGUGGGAGUCGCUCGAGGUGAACGGUUUCAUAUUCGUCUGGCAUCACGCCGAUCCGGACGCGGCACCCUGGACGUUCCGUGUCGUGCAGGAGAUCGAGGAUGGCAGGUGGGCGUACUAUGGCAAGAACGAGUUUUUGGUCAACUGCCACAUUCAGGAUGUGCCGGAAAACGGGGCCGAUGUGGCCCACCUGGCCGCCGUCCACGGACCUAACAUGCUGUCCGGUAGCGACAUCCGCUACACGCGCGCCGCCUGGGCCGACUUCGGCAUGCACUCCUGGCACGCCAGCUGGAAUGCCCCAGGCGAGGGAGACCCGGCGCACGUCGCCACGAUGGAUCUGGUACACUCGUUCCGGCUGUUCGACAAGCUCGAGGUAGGCAAGAUUGAUGUGCGGGCUCAACAGAUCGGCCCCGGUUACGUGCAGCUCAUGAUGAACACCGGGAUGGGUCCGUUCGUCGUCCUUCAGACGGUCACACCGGUCGAACCGCUCGUGCAGAAGGUUAUCCAUCGGUUCUACGCACCGCGUAACCUCUGGAACGCCAUCUUCCAGAAGUUUGCCAUCUGGGCGGAGAGUGUGAUGUUCGAACGCGACAUGAUGGUGUGGAAUCAUAAGCAAUUCAUCGAAAAUCCGCUGCUGAUCAAGGAGGAUCGUCUGAUAAAGGCAUACCGCAAGUGGUACAGUCAGUUCUACUCGGAGAACAGUGUCAGCUUCGCGAUGGCAAAAGAAAAGCUGGACUGGUGACGAGGCUGGCUGGCUGGGGAUCUUCAGCUCGAUGCUGUGAUGUAAUUUUUAGAGAUCGUGUCGGAUCUCGCGCAGUCCCGAUAUUGCUCCAUUAUCCUAUCUUUUUUAUUGUUUAUUGACGUGAGCAGCUGCUAGUUCCUACUAGAACUAGUAAUAGCAGUAAUCGUAGUAGUAAUAGUAGUAGUAUCAAUAGCAUUAAUAGUGGUAACAGUAAUUAUUGGUAGCCAUCAAUCAGUUACCAGGAGAUAUAGCCCUACGAUACUGCAGAGUUUGGGGGUUGGUGGACACUUCAGGUGGCGUUUGCUUUCAUCCUGCGCUGCAUUCCAGUGCCCUAACGCGAACCGUUUACAAACUAGCUUGUGCAGCGUUUGAGUUGGUAUAUUAUAAUCCUCUUCCAUCUGUCCAUACGUACGUGUUUGCCUGUUUGUAUACGAUACCAAUAAAUACCUUUAAUGCGUAAAUAGUAA